UUUUUGGUCAAAUCGAACAACAACAACAACUAUCUUCUAGUUUGAAAAAAAAUCUUUUUUCAUCAUGAGUUCUUUAGUGACACUUUUGUUUAUAAUUAAAGCUAAAUUUCGUAGAAAAUACAUUCGAAUAUCACAUCUAUUAUUAUUAUCAUCAUUUAUGAUCAUGUUCACCGGUUUUUCAAAUAUUUCACAAAUAAAAUGUUGGUCAUUAUCCGGUGUAUAUCCAAAAUUGAAUACACCAGAAUUGUUUUGCGAUAAUUCCGAAUGUAUUCAUGGUUCAUGUAUGGGUGAACAUUGUGUUUGUGAUUUUGGUUGGCGUGGUACGGCUUGUGAUCAAUGUGGUGGUCGUAUUAGAAUAAAUUCAACAUUCGGUUAUAUAACCGAUGGUAGAGGAAAUUAUAGUUCCGAUUUACAAUGUAUAUGGUUAAUCGAUAGUGAAACCGAGAAUGCUACGAUACGUUUACAAAUUGAUUAUUUUGAAACCGAAUGUUCAUGGGACCAUCUUUAUAUAUUCGAUGGUGAUUCAAUACAUUCACCAAUGUUAGCUGUAUUGAGUGGUUCACUUAUAAAUGAUAAACAAUAUUCAAAUCGAAUUGCCGAAAUAACAGCAAAAUCUGGUCGUGUUUACAUUUAUUUCUAUAGUGAUGCCGCAUAUAAUAUGAGUGGCUUUAAUAUAUCAUUCAGUAUUGAUUCCUGUCCAAGGAAUUGUUCCAAUCAUGGUGUUUGUGUUGGUGAUCAAUGUACAUGUGAUGCUGAUUAUAAAGGUUUGGCAUGUGAUAAACCUAUAUGUCCCAAUGAUUGUUCUGGUAAUGGUGUUUGUGAUCGUAAAGAACAUAAAUGUAACUGUUAUUAUGGAUUUAUUGGUAUCGAUUGCAGUCAGAUUAAACAUGAAGGAUAUUGGUCAUUAAUAACCACAACAAAUACACCAAAUGGCCGUGCACUUCAUCAGGCUGUGAUUUAUGAAGACACAAUGUUUAUUAUUGGUGGUGAAUAUUUUAAUUAUGAUGAACAUUUCCUCAUAAAAUAUGAUAUGAAACAGAAAAAAUGGGAUAAUGUUGAUGCCACAAAACAACAACAGCCACCACAACAUGGCCAUCAUCAUCAUCAUCACCAUCAUCAUAUACCUGAUGAUCGAUUUGGUCAUUCGGUUAUUGUUUUCAAUCAUACAUUAUAUGUUUUUGGUGGUAUCUUACGUAAUGGUACCAUUGUUUCUGAAUUAUGGACAUAUAAUAUUUUGUACAAUAAUUUUUGGCAUCGAAUCGAAGGUCAAUCAAUAACAAAUUCAGAAUUUUGCUGUCCAAUUGCCACAAUGGGUCAUACAGCAACAUUGGUCAAUAAUAUAAUGAUUAUUAUAUUUGGUUAUAAUCCAACUUAUGGUUAUCUAAAUCAUGUACAACAUUUCAAUAUUGAUACAAAUGAAUGGAAACUUGUAAAAACAACAGGUGCUUCGGUUAAAGGUGGCUUUGGCCACACAAGUACCUAUGAUCAUAUAACUCGUCUUAUCUAUGUAUUUGGUGGAUAUCAUUCAUCAAGUUUUGCUGAUAAUGUACUCGUUGAUUUUCUGUAUAGUUAUGAUCCUAAAAAAGAAACUUGGAUGCUAUUAUCACCGAGUAAUCAGCCUAGAUAUCUACAUUCUGCCUCAUUAAUCAAUGGUUUAUUAUUAAUAUUCGGUGGUAAUGGUCAUAAUUUAACCGAUGAAAAUACAAGUAUCACUUGUUUCUCACCACAAUUUCUUGCCUACGAUAUUUCCUGUGAUACAUGGUCAACAUUAGAAAAUCCUAUACUCACCAAUUCAUAUGAUUCAACAAUAAUUGGCCGUUAUGGUCAUUCAUCCAUUGUCUAUGAAGAUUCUCUUUAUAUUUUCGGCGGUUUCAAUGGACUUAUGCAUAAUAAACUAAUGCGAUUCAUUCCGGGUAAUUGUUCAAAUCUUGAAACAAUGAAAGAUUGUUAUUCGAAAAAAAUUGGCACCAAAUGUAUUUGGAAUAAAGAAAAACGCCUUUGUCAAUCAUAUAAUCAAAUUAAAUCAUCAUUCCAAUAUUGUGAUGAAAAUUUACGUGUCAAUUUCACUGAAUUAUGUCAAAAACAAUUCAUUUGUUCUAGUUGUCUUCGAAAUUCAUAUGAUUGUGUUUGGUGUGGUGAUCAUUGUACAUAUAAAAAAUGUAAUUCACACUUGAAGCCUAAAGAAUCAUCAUCAUCGUCAACAAUAUCAACAUCAACAUUUAUGAAAAGUAUCAAUGAUGCUAAAAUGUGUGAAUCACGCGAUGUUCAUAUAUCAAAUUGUGAUAAAAUGCAUAAUUGUCAUUCAUGUCAAAGUGAACAUUAUUGUUCAUGGCAACGGGAUAGAAAAUGUGUUAGUAUGAUGUAUGAAAAAUGGUCUGAAAUGAAAUUGGAUAGCAUAAAUUUGGCUGAUAAAUUACAGGUGAAUUGUGCAUUACCGUGUCAUAAACGUACUAGCUGUGUGAAUUGUACCCAAGGUUCAUGUAUGUGGUGUAAUUCACAACAACGUUGUAUUGAAUCAAAUGCUUAUUCAAUUAUCUAUCCUAUUGGCCAAUGUAUGGAAUGGACAACACAUCCGGAUAAAUGUUUAGUGAUCUCAUGUUCCGAUAUAAAAACCUGUGAUGGUUGUAUGAAAAAUCCUCAAUGUGGCUGGUGUGAUGAUGGUACCGGUAGUGGCGUUGGUCGCUGUAUGGAAGGUUCAUUAAGUAGACCAAAUAUUAAUUCUACUUCCUGUCCACAAUGGUAUUUUACCACCUGUCCAAAAUGUCGAUGUAAUGGCCAUAGUCGAUGUCGAUUGGUUGAUGAUGUUUGUGAUAAAAAUUGCCAACAUAAUACAGAAGGGGAACAUUGUGAACAUUGUCGGCCAACAUUCUACGGAAAUCCAAUCAAUGGCGGUGUAUGUCACCCAUGUCAAUGUAAUGGGCAUGGUGAUAAUUGUAAUCCUGAAACUGGACAAUGUAGUUGUACAACAAAAGGAAUUAUUGGCCAUAAUUGUGAUAAAUGUGACGAACGUGAUUAUGUUGGUAAUCCACAAGAUUUGAAUGGUUCCUGUUACUAUAAUCUAUCCACAAGUUAUACAUAUACAUUCAAUAUGUCAAAACCAGAUGAUAUACAUUAUACUCGUAUCAAUUUCAUUAAUACACCAUUAUCACCUGAAAUUGACAUUGAAUUCUCUGUACAAUGUCAAGAUAGUGCUAUGGUCAAUAUUUCUGUGGGAUCUAGUUCGAAUUCAAGCAUGGUCAUCAUAAGACGUCUAUAUGAAGGUAUGCGAUGUGGUAAUAUUAAAUUACGUUUUGCAUAUACCGAUUUGGGUAUAAAGAAUGCAACAUUUUUGGUCAAUGUAUACUUAUUUCGUACACCAUUCCUAUUGCAAAUUUCAUUCUCACAACAUCGAAACAUUGAUAUUUUACAUUUUUUCUUGACCUUCUCCGGUUGUUUUCUGACCUUGCUUAUUAUUGCAGCCAUCUUAUGGAAAAUUAAACAAAAAUAUGAACUCUAUGUUCGAAGACAGCAACUUUUUGUCGAAUUGGAACAAAUGGCAUCAAGACCAUUUGCUGGUGUUAUUGUACAGAUGAAAAACAAUAGUAAUAAUGAUACAAUCAAUUUGAAUCCAUCACCAAUAGCAUUGGAACCAUGUUCAAAUGGAAAAGCUGCUGUACUGACUUUGUUGAUUAAAUUACCAACUGGUAAUCAAUCUGUACCACAACCAGGCCAAACUGGAAUCGCAUUGGCAUCAGCAUUAGUGACACUUGGAAAUGUUUCAUUGGAUCAAAAUUGUCGAAAAGAAGAAAAGGAAAAAAAUAGUAUGCAGAAAUUAUCGGCAAAUUCCAUAAAAAUAACGGAUAAUAAUUCAUCAUAUUCGGCUGGUGUUUGAAAUUGGUUUUUUUGUUGUUGUUGUCGAAUAGAAUAAUUUU